CAGCUUAAAGAGACUAAGGGAUCGAGUCCUAUUCAAGCAAUUCUUAAGGGAAAAAAUGUCCCCGUUUUACAUUCCAUCUGUUAGCUUUGUACUGCUUGUAAGUCUGGCACUCACAAGUGCACUACCGCUACAAAACACGGCCUUGACUAGUGAAGACUUGGAUGUCUUGAAGCAACUGCUUAGCCAACUGGAAGAAUCAGUUGCUGCUCAAACCCUGGAACAGGAAGUAGAAAAAAUUGCAUUUGAGGAAGAUGUACCUCAGCCUGAGGUGCUUGCAAGGGACUUCCUCUCUGCUCGAGAUCUGAAGACGGUUCGCCAGGACUCUGGUUCCAAGAAGUACUCGGGUUGUUUUGGCCGCCGGUUGGAUCGGAUCGGCUCCACGUCCAAUCUGGGCUGCAAUACUGUUGGUCGCCAAAGUCCGAAAAGAAAAUGAAGUCUUACAGUAAAACUGUUACAGCAUUGCCUGUGAUGACGCCAGAGUGAAUUUUUAAAAGUGCAUUUAUUUAUUAGAAUAUUUAUUGAUCUGCCUACAUAUAUGUUCAAUAUUUAUAUUUGUAUGCAUUCUUUAUUUAUGCUCAAUAGUCAGUUGUAUAUCUAAUUGAAAUAUU